AUCAAAAUGUUUACAGAUUCUCUGUUUCUGUUGUUAUGUUUAGCUUCAGAAAAUCAUUGGGAAGCAGGAUGACUUGAGAAAAGCUUCUGGACAUGAAACAGUAUCACAGGAACCAGAAUUGGAAGACUCCGCUGUUAAUACAACAUUGCUGGUGCACUUCUUUGGAAGAGCAGGAAAGGAGAAGCUUCACUAUUCUGAGUUUUGCAGAUUUAUGGAAAAUUUACAAACAGAGGUGCAAGAAAUGGAAUUCAUACAGUUUUCAAAGGGUCUGAACUUUAUGAGAAAAGAGGACUUUGCAGAAUGGUUAUUGUAUUUCACUGAUGAGGAAAACAAUGAAAUUUACUGGCAAAAUGUGAAAGAGAGAAUCCAAGCAGGAGAGAAUAUCAGCUUGGAUGAAUUCAAGACAUUUUGCCAGUUUACAAAUCACUUAGAAGACUUUUCUAUUGCCAUGCAAAUGUUUACUGUAGCUAAUCGUCCUGUUAAAUUGGCUGAGUUCAAGAGAGCUGUGAAAGUGGCAACGGGACAGGAGCUCUCAGACAACGUUUUGGACACAGUCUUCAAGAUCUUUGAUUUAGAUGGAGAUAAUUGCCUCAGCCACGGAGAGUUUCUGGGAGUAUUACAGAACAGGAUGCAUCGAGGCUUAAGGGUACCACAACAGCAAGGGGUACAAGGAUACUGGAAAUGUGUGAAAAGAGAAAGCAUUAAAGGAGCAAAAGAAGUCUGGAAGCAAACUGGGAAAAGCCCUUUCUAAAUAAGUUACUUGUUCUUUUAUUACUAUAAAUAUCAGAGGUUGGGGUUUUCAUGUAUUUUUGUUUGUAUGCUGGCUAAAUCAUGUGUAAAUUUUUAUGCAACUUAAAUAUUUAAUGAAUCCAAUUUCUGAUACAAUAAUUUUACAAUAUUUAUCAGUGUAAUCAGGUUUGCCUGUGGAACUGUUAUGACAUCUAAUUUCCAUAGAAAAGUAUACUUAUUCCAGGAAAUGCUAAAGUUUACAAAAAGGGACAUCAGCAGAUUUCUUGUGUGGGGACUGGCCCUGCUCUCUAGCAUGUGGGAUACCUGAAUUUUAGUACUGGUCACUUGCUGAGUGUGCUGCAGAAAUAGCAUUUACAACCUGAGAAUGGAAGGUCAGUAAUACAGCAAUAUAGUCCAACCCAAAAUGUACCUACCACGUUUCCUUUAUAGGAAUUAGAGGUUACGAAGGCACAGACUACCUGCACAAUCCCUAGGAGAUGCAAGAUUUUGGUAUCAAAAAGGAAAGCUUGACUGUAUUGUUUUGUGUGUCAUCACUAUUAUGAACUGCCCGUAAUCCAUAUGAAUGUAUUUUUGUUUGCUGUCUUGGUAAUAGAAUUAACAUAUCUCAAUCAAAACUGAAAAUUUAAGACUGUUUACAGAGGCUUUGAAAAUUGUAAACUCUUUGUGAAAGUUAGUAGGCUCAAGACCUCCUCAACAAACAGAAUAAAUUAGAAGAUUGAAGUAAA